CUCUGUCGUCAUACUUGCGCGCCGCCGCCGCAGCUCGCUGGGAAAACAGGACGAGUGUCAUGGCGAGCUCAGCUGCCUCCUCGGUGCGACCGCCGAGACCCAAGAAAGAGCCGCAGACGCUCGUCAUCCCCAAGAAUGCGGCGGAAGAGCAGAAGCUCAAGCUGGAGCGGCUCAUGAAGAACCCGGACAAAGCAGUUCCAAUUCCAGAGAAAAUGAGUGAAUGGGCACCUCGACCUCCCCCAGAAUUUGUCCGAGAUGUAAUGGGUUCAAGUGCUGGGGCCGGCAGUGGAGAAUUCCACGUGUACAGACAUCUGCGCCGGAGAGAAUACCAGCGACAGGACUACAUGGAUGCCAUGGCCGAGAAGCAAAAAUUGGAUGCAGAGUUUCAGAAGAGACUGGAAAAGAAUAAAAUCGCUGCAGAGGAGCAGACUGCAAAGCGCCGGAAGAAGCGCCAGAAGUUAAAAGAGAAGAAAUUACUGGCAAAGAAGAUGAAACUUGAACAGAAGAAACAAAAAGAAGGGCCCAGUCAGCCUGAGGAGCAGGGGUCCAGCAGCUCUGCGGAGGCGUCUGGAACGGAGGAGGAGGAGGAGGAGGUGCCCAGCUUCAUCAUGGGGCGAUGACGUCUGCUGCAGCUGCUGCCUGGAACCCAGCUCGUGCUGAGAGCAGAAGGGAAAGGCGGCUGUUUGACUUUCUCCCCCCGAGAGGUCCCGCUGGAUGGACAGCAAAGGAGACCCUCCCGAGCUGCUUGCAGUCCUGCCUGUAGCAGGGUUGGGAGGCCGAGGGGCCACCUCCCCGGCACACGAAGGCACUGCCUUGCAGACGGCAUCCACUCUCCUGGUAAAAGGGGACAGAGAGCUUCACCUUGUCAUAUUUGAAUGGCGAUGAGUUUGGGGCUGGUUUCUGGAAAAAGAACAUUUAUUUAGUAAAGAGCAGAACACCCUUGGGUUUUGUUGGGAUGUGUGGACUGUGAGUCACAGAUACUCUGGAGAAGGCUAGGAGAUGCCACCAUUCCCACAGGGACUGAAAACUCCACAGGCCCCAUUAUGCGGACCUGGUCCCAGGCUCAGUGAGGAGGUGCCCUCAGCUGUGGGGCUGGCCUGUGUUGCCAGCCCAGGCCCCCACUCACCCUCGUGGGAAGUGGGGACCAUGCCCAAGAAGGUCUGCUCCCACCACAGCUCCCGGUGCCCCGUGUGUUCUGGGAAGCCCCGGGUGUGCGCAGGAAGGCCUGGGCUGGGAACUCCACCAGGGACUGGGCCACAGGAAGGGCGUGUGGUGUGUGGAAAGUGCUGUGGAGGAAGAGCAGGUGGCCAGAGGAUGACCAGCCGGAGAAUCCAGGCUGGGCUGAGCCAGAGCAGAGGGCGGGGGAAUCCCAGCCGUACUGGGGUUCUUUACCAACAGCUGCGUUUUCAUCCCGAGGUGGAACGGGGUCUAAACAAAUGGGCUGAGUGGCAGGACUCUGUCAAGUGGGUGGAGCUCCUCAGGACUGAAACCGCUCGGGGCUUUCCUUGGGGUCACAGCAGCUGGGCCGGCAGGGAGGGGGUGGAUCUGCUGUGUCCUCAGGUGGUGCAGCCCCAGAUCAGUGUCCAGGCGCUGGGCCCAUGCAGAGAAGGCACCUGCAGAGAGCAGGGCAGCCCGGCACAGCGACUAGUGCCUAGAAUCCCAGCUCCUCGGAAGGCCAAGGUGGGAGGACCACUUGAGUCCAGGGAUUCAAGUCCAGCCUGGGCAAUAGAGCGAGACCCUGUCUCGUAAAAAACGAUGAUGAUAAACACAGAGGCCGGGGCACUGUGCUGGGAGCCAGGGUGCCUGGGGGGAGCUGAGACCAACCUUUGACCUCCAUGUUUCAGGCCAACAGGGGCAACAGAGAGAGUUUCUAGGUAGGGCCUUGGCUCCAGUUUUGGAUGAUUUCGCUCUAAGUUUCUAAGUAUAUUUUGCGCCCUUUACACACUUUGAUAGAAUUAAGGAAAUAGUGGUUUUGAAUGAAGGGAAAGGAAACCCAGAAACAUUUGACAUUUUAUUUCUGUGGUGUAGAUUUCCCCGGCUCCUCGCUGAGCCCUGUGACAUCUGUGAUAGCUCCUGUCCCUUCAUUGGUUCAUGUCACAGGGAUUUUCUUUCCCAGGAAGCGGACACGGAGAAGCAGCCUUAAUAAAUGAGCACACGCCCUGGCCGCACAUUU